CGCCUGCGCACUGGGAGCGCUCAUUGUGCCCCGCAGCUGCCGAACCGCCCGCCCGCCCGCCGCCCGUUCCGCGCGUCAGUUGGCGAGAGUCUGGUGGUGGGUGCGGAGUCUGCAGCCGUUCCCGCGGCCUCCUCCUCCUCCCCGUUCCCUUCACCCCCACCCCGCACCCCUUUCCCCAUCCCGGCUCCGUCACCCUCCCGCCCCCCACACUCAGGACAAGAAUGCCCUGCCCGGAACAACCCAGCAGCGCCUAGAUGGCUUUGGUCACAGUCCAGCGGUCACCUACCCCCAGCACCACCUCCAGCCCCUGCGCCUCGAGCUCUCAUUUGGAAGACAGUGAAUCAGCAGCAUUACUUUGCUGUGAAUGUGAAGAAUCAGAAAUCUUUAGUGAUUCCAAUAGUCUCACUCUGUCACCCAAGUUGGAAUGCAGUGGCAUGAUCAUAGCUCACUGCAGCCUCAAACUCCUGGGUUCAAGAGAUCCUCCCACCUCAGCCGCCAAAGAGGCAGACAGUGGGGAGGAAGAAUGCCGGUCACAGCCCAGGAGCAUCAGCGAGAGCUUUCUAACUGUCAAAGGUGCUGCCCUUUUUCUACCACGGGGAAAUGGCUCAUCCACACCAAGAAUCAGCCACAGACGGAACAAGCAUGCAGGCGAUCUCCAACAGCAUCUCCAAGCGAUGUUCAUACUACUCCGCCCAGAAGACAACAUCAGGCUGGCUGUAAGACUGGAAAGUACUUACCAGAAUCGAACACGCUAUAUGGUAGUGGUUUCAACUAAUGGUAGACAAGACACUGAAGAAAGCAUCGUCCUAGGAAUGGAUUUCUCCUCUAAUGACAGUAGCACUUGUACCAUGGGCUUAGUUUUGCCUCUCUGGAGCGACACACUAAUUCAUUUGGAUGGUGAUGGUGGGUUCAGCGUAUCGACUGAUAACAGAGUUCACAUCUUCAAACCUGUAUCUGUGCAGGCAAUGUGGUCUGCACUACAGAGCUUACACAAGGCUUGUGAAGUCGCCAGAGUGCAUAACUACUACCCAGGCAGCCUGUUUCUCACCUGGGUGAGUUAUUAUGAGAGCCAUAUCAACUCAGAUCAAUCCUCAGUCAAUGAAUGGAAUGCUAUGCAAGAUGUACAGUCCCACCGGCCUGACUCUCCAACUCUCUUCACCGACAUACCAACUGAACGUGAACGAACAGAAAGGCUAAUUAAAACCAAAUUAAGGGAGAUCAUGAUGCAGAAGGAUUUGGAGAAUAUUACAUCCAAAGAGAUAAGAACAGAGUUGGAAAUGCAAAUGGUGUGCAACUUGCGGGAAUUCAAGGAAUUUAUAGACAAUGAAAUGAUAGUGAUCCUUGGUCAAAUGGAUAGCCCUACACAGAUAUUUGAGCAUGUGUUUUUGGGCUCAGAAUGGAAUGCCUCCAACUUAGAGGACUUACAGAACCGAGGGGUACGGUAUAUCUUGAAUGUCACUCGAGAGAUAGAUAACUUCUUCCCAGGAGUCUUUGAGUAUCAUAACAUUCGGGUAUAUGAUGAAGAGGCAACAGAUCUUCUGGCUUACUGGAAUGACACUUACAAAUUCAUCUCUAAAGCAAAGAAACAUGGAUCUAAAUGCCUUGUGCACUGCAAAAUGGGGGUGAGUCGCUCAGCCUCCACGGUGAUUGCCUAUGCAAUGAAGGAAUAUGGCUGGAAUCUGGACCGAGCCUAUGACUACGUGAAAGAAAGACGAACAGUGACCAAGCCCAACCCCAGCUUCAUGAGACAACUGGAAGAGUAUCAGGGAAUCUUGCUGGCAAGCAAACAGCGGCAUAACAAACUGUGGAGAUCUCAUUCAGAUAGUGACCUCUCAGACCACCACGAACCCAUCUGCAAACCUGGGCUAGAACUCAACAAGAAGGAGAUCACCACCUCAGCAGACCAGAUUGCUGAGGUAAAAACCAUGGACAGUCACCCAUCCAUACCUCCUGUCUUUGUGGAACAUGUAAUCCCACAAGAUACAAAUCAGAAAGACCUGUGUACCAAAGAAAGAAUGAUCUGCUUGGAGUUUACUUCUAGGGAAUUUCAUGCCGGACAGAUUGAAGAUGAAUUAAACUUAAAUGACAUCAAUGGAUGCUCAUCAGGGUGUUGUCUGAAUGAAUCAAAAUUUCCUCUUGACAACUGCCAUGCAUCCAAAGCCUUAAUUCAGCCUGGACAUGUCCCAGAAAUGGCCGACAAGUUUCCAGACUUAACAGUGGAAGAUUUGGAGACAGAUGCACUGAAAGCAGACAUGAAUGUCCACCUACUGCCUAUGGAAGAAUUGACAUCUCGACUGAAAGACCUCCCUAUGUCCCCUGAUCCUGAGUCACCAAGCCCCCAGCCCAGUUGCCAAACUGAAAUCUCAGAUUUCAGUACAGAUCGCAUUGACUUUUUUAGUGCCCUAGAGAAGUUUGUGGAGCUCUCCCAAGAAACCCGGUCACGAUCUUUUUCCCAUUCAAGGAUGGAGGAACUGGGAGGAGGAAGGAGUGAGAGCUGUCGGCCUUCAGUGAUAGAAGUAGCCCCUUCCAAAGUGACAGCUGAUGACCAGAGAAGCAGCUCUUUGAGUAAUACUCCCCAUGCAUUAGAAGAAUCUUCAAUGGAUGAGGAACAGUCAAAGGCAAUCUCAGAACUCGUCAGCCCAGACAUCUUCAUGCAGUCUCACUUAGAAAAUGCAAUUUCAGUCAAAGAAAUUGUCACUGAAAUUGAGUCCAUCAGCCAAGGAGUUGGACAGGUUCAACUGAAAGGAGACAUCUUAUCCAACCCAUGCCAUACACCAAAGAAGAACAGCAUCCAUGAGCUGCCCCUUGAGAGGGCCCAGACCCCAGAGAACAAACCUGGACAUGUGGAGCAAGAUGAGGGCUCCUGCACAGCCCAGCCUGAAGCAGCCAAAGACUCAGGGAUAUACAACCAAGAAGGCUGCCUAACCACACACUCAUCUAUAGCAGACAUGGAAGAAGAGGAACCUGCUGAGGGAGAACAAGAGCUCCAGGCCUUAGGGAUGCACCCAGGUGCCAAGUGGUACCCUGGGUCUGUGAGGCGAGCCACCUUGGAGUUCGAAGAGCGCUUACGGCAGGAGCAAGAGCAUCACGGUGCUGCCCCGACAUGUACCUCAUUGUCCACUCGUAAGAAUUCAAAGAAUGAUUCUUCUGUAGCAGACCUAGCUCCAAAAGGGAAAAGUGAUGAAGCUACCCCAGAACAUUCAUUUGUCCCCAAGGAACCAGAGAUGAGCAAAGGCAAAGGGAAAUACAGUGGGUCUGAGGCUGGUUCACUGUCCCAUUCUGAGCAGAAUGUCACUGUUCCAGCUCCCAAGGUGCCAGAGUUUGACCACUUGCCAGUUCCUCAGGAGGGCCCAGGGUCAGAUACUGGAACACAGCAGGAAGAAGUCCUGAAGGAUCUAAGGACUGUGAUUCCAUACCAGGAGUCUGAGACACAGGCAGUCCUUCUUCCUCUUCCCAAGAGAGUAGAAAUCAUUGAGUAUACAGUUACAUCACCUGAUCACACUGGGCCAGGGAGUGAAAUAGCCACUAGUGAGAAGAACCGAGAGCAAGGACUGAGGAAAGUGAAAGUGGAAAAAUCUGUCACUGUGCUCUGCGCACUGGAUGAAAAUCUAAACAGGACUCUGGACUCCAAUCAGGUUUCUCUGCACCCCCAAGUGCUACCUCUGCCUCACUCUUCCUCUCCUGAGCACAGCAGGCCCACUGACCACCCAAUCUCCAUGCUGAGUAGCCCUGAAGACAGAGGCAACAGCCUGUCGACAGCCCCGGAGAUAGCAGCACCUUUUGUCAGUCACACAAACCAGUUACUGUCUGUCACUCAGGAUUACCUGCAUCCCCAGACUAUGGUUCACCUGGAAGGCUUCACAAAGCAGAGCAGCACCACAGAUGAGCCCUCCACAGAACAGGUUAGCUGGGAAGAAAGUCAAGAGAGCCCUCUCUUCAGUGGCAAUGAGGUGCCAUAUAAGGACUCCCGGCUAAGUAGCGAAGACCUAAGUUUAAUAAGUAAACUUGGUGACAACAGUGGGGAGUUACAGGAGAAACUGGACCCAUUACCUGUAGCCUGUCGACUCCCACAUAGCUCUAGUAGUGAAAACAUAAAAGGUCUCAGCCACAGCCCUGGUGUGGUGAAGGAGCAUGCUAAAGAAAUUGAGUCUCGAGCAGUUUUCCAGACAGGGCUCACCAAACCAUCCCAAAUGAGGCGCUCAGCUUCUCUCGCCAAAUUAGGUUACUUGGACCUCUGUAAAGACUGUUUACCAGAGAGGAAGCCUGCCUCCUGUGAAUUCCCUCAUCUCAAACUGCUUCAGCCUUUCCUCAGAACAGACUCAGGCAUGCACGCCAUGGAGGACCAAGAGUCCCUAGAAAACCCAGGUGCCCCCCACAACCCAGAGCCCACCAAGUAUCUUGUAGAACAGCUCACAACAACAGAGUGUGUUGUGCAGAGCAAGCCAGUGGAGAGGCCCCUUGUGCAGUAUGCCAAAGAAUUUGGUUCCAGUCAGCAGUGUUUGCUCCCCAGGGCAGGACCUGAAUUGACUAGUUCUGAAGGAGGCCUUCCCGUGCUACAGACCCAGGGACUACAGUGUGCAUGCCCAGCCCCCGGGCUAGCCGUGGCACCCCGUCAGCAACAGGGCAGAACUCACCCCCUUAGGAGACUGGAAAAGGCAAAUGACAAAAAACGGACAACCAACCCCUUCUAUAAUACCAUGUGAUUCUGAGCCUACACAUGUGACUUUCUAGAAGAAAAGUUUGUAAAAGGGGCAGGUGUAAUAUGUAAGGAACAUGCACUUUAUUGGUUAAUUUUAUAAUAUUUUGGUCAUUUUACUGUUUCUGGCGCAUGCAGGGUUUGGUUUUUCAGUGUGUAUGUGUGUGUAUAUGUAAGGGGAAAGAGAGAUAGAUCUGGAUGGCAAGACCAUUUAUCAUUUUUUAUUUUAAAAAAAUCAAACCUCAAAAAAAAGUCAUUUUCAGAGAACACCUUUAUCAAAGGCAAAUUGCUGUUUUUCAGUCAGCUGCCACCUGUUUCUCCUUUUGUCCUGCGAGAAAAGGCCUAGUUGCUUGAUUGAGGGAAGGAAGCAGAUUCAGAAGGCUGGAGAUAAAGCUGGGAAUUGAAAGUGUUCCCCCGCCUUUGUGAUGAUGGUUUGGUUUUCAGACCUGAGGCACUGAAGGAGGCAGGUUCUACGUUGCUUUAAAAAAUUGUCUUCGGUAUUCAAGUUGUAUCAUUACAGUAAGGCAUGAUAAUGGCUGGCUCUGCAAAUUUAUCUUAUAGUUUUUUCCCCAAGAAAAUUAUUUUUGAAAUGAAAUUAAAAGAGGACUCCAAAUGAAACCCAAGUGGUCUUCUGUAGAGGAAAGCAUGAUAAGAGGAGGAAGACAUCAAGUUGGGGGUGGAGAGGCUGCUUCCCAGAAACUGCUAGGGCAGUGGGAUCCACACAGGUGGGCCUCUUGUUUCUCCCUGCCAGAAAAACGAGCUCUGCAGUGUCCUCCCAACUAAAACCACAAUAGUGACAUGUUUGAAAAGCAGCAAUCGAAAGUCAGUGUGUUCUUGUAAAAUGAAUAAGCAUGUAGGGUUUUAACCCUUCCACUACUUGAAUAAUUCUUUGGGCCUUCUGAGUUUAAUGGCCAUAUUUUCUUCCAGUUUAUUUUCCUUCCCAGUGCUUGUUGCCCCCAUGCUGCCUACUUUUUUUUAAUUUCAUAUAUUAUAUUUGAAUUGUUCAUAUGUUUAACACCAUUGAAUGCAACAUUUUCUUUUCUGUAUUAUCACUGUUAACACUUGACUUUUUUUUCCUUUUCCUGGAAGGUUUGUCAUUUCUCUAAAGUUUAUACACAGUAUUUAUGUACAUAAUAUUGUCGCUGUCACAGUGUUUUGUUGUUCAUGUGGUAGGGUAUUUUUUGAUUUAUUCUUUUUAAGAAGGAGUAGAGUUGCAACUGGAAAACACACAGACACCAGAAAUAAAACUGUUGGGUGUUGAUAGGAAUCUAUACAGUAUGUUGAUGGUGGUUGUAGUUGUUUAAAUGGAGACUUCUAAUCACCAGCUCCUGCCAAAUUAUGUAUUAGUAACUUCUUCCUCAGAGACACCCCUAAAGGCUCCCAUUAGGUCACAGUGUGACUGAAAGCUGAUUUUUCUUUGAGACUGAAAUCCCAGAACAGUGUUUGCCAGUAUCUCAACCACAGCCAGGAAUUGUAUGUGAACUGCCCAGAGUGGAAGCUCCUAGUGGAGGCUGAAGGCCACAGGAGCGGUCUCAGCCAAGGGCAAGUGCCCACAGCGACUCCAUUUAGGAUGCUGUCGCUUUGCUACUGUCGUGGAGAUUCUUAACGCAGGAGCACCUGCCAUAAACAAGCCUCUUGUAGCUUCUUACAGAAAACAGAUUUAGCCUGGCAUGAAACACCUCUGUGGCUCAUUAAAACGGAAGAGGCUUGCAGAUUUGCUUUCUGUUAGCUUUUGUUGAUGUCCACAUUAUUGAGGAUUGACUGAGUACAGACUGGAGACAGGUUUUUGGCUCAUUGCAGCACUGAGAGGAAAAUACAAAUGCAUAGACUGUCAACGUGAUGUCAGAGGCCAGAGUUUGAUGGGGCAGAUGGCAGGGCAGCAUAAAAGAUACAGAAAAGGUAAACUGAGGAUAAAGAGGAGCUGUGAAGUUGUAUGGAAGCCAAGGUUGGGUCUGACGUCACUGCCAGGAGGCAGGCUGGACAGAAACCACUUGCUAAAAGCGUCUUCAUGGUGUAGUGAUUAUGUGUACCCUGUGCUGUUGCUCAGUAGUUUCCUUGAAUGUUCAAGUAUAUCAUCCACACAGUUUUGUGAUUCCUGGAUAUUUGUGUGUUGUAAAGUGUUUUGUUAGGUGGUAUGAACCAGUGUGAGGAGGCCUGAGACAGGGUUAUGGAUUUCCAAGACUCUUCCAUCGAGACUGCCCUGCCUUGAAGCAGUGCCACUACCAAUAUGAUGGGGAAGGGCAGGAAAUUGUGCAGGGUGGGGAGAGGAUUUGCACUGGAAGUUAAGAGUGGCAUCCACUCCUGGUAACCCCUGAUGAUGAUGACAUCCCAUGCAUUAAGAAGUACAAGCAGGACCAAAGUUUGGACUUUUCCCUUUUCUCCCACCACUGUGUUUAAUGCUCACUCACUGCAUUAAAUAAGAACAAGAUGGGACAAAACCCAUGAAUGCUCUGGGGUGGGGGGACAACUUUUCUUUAAGAGCAGAGGAAAUAGUGUUUCUACCUUUUUAUAAUUACAUUUUUUAAUCAUUUAGUGUUUACCUGCCUAAAUAAACAUCUUCUGCGGAGUGUCUGUAAUUCAGCCAUGCCAAGGAAAUUUUCCAGCCCUUUCAGACUCCCAGAAUUGGGUGUUCCUGAGUUAUUUACAUAGCUGAGCAAUGUCCAGGGGAGGUGCAUAAUGAGCUGUCAAGGACUUUCCAGACUUCCUUCUCUUCAGACUCUUAUAAUCUCCAGUGGUCUGUUUCCCUUUUUUUCUGUUCACGGAAAGCCCAGACCUGAAACAGCAGAUUUGAUAGACUGGCCAAGAUGAACAGGAAAAACCAUGACCUCUUGCCCUCUCUCUCUCUCUCCUUCUCUCCCUCUUACUGUCUCUCCCUCUUUAAACCACCAUAUACUCUCAGUUAUUCUGGAGGAGUGUGUGUGCAAGUGUACACAUAUGUGUACAUGCAUAAAAAGAGCUGAUGUUUUGGUGCAUGGGGUAAAAGCCCCAGGAGUAUACAGAAUUUGAGCUGAACCUGGUCAGUAGAAAGGGAAACCCCAACCCUUUCUUGAUUUUUGGAAACAUCUAGAAGUAAUGGAUACUAUAGUAGAGGCGUAGUACAGUAAUAUUCACCUCUCCACAUUUCCGUUGCCUUUUAGAUGCUAAAUGUUUGGGAUCAUUCCUCCUUUCUUAGUCUCUUCAGGAUCUUUUCUGGUUCUGUGUCAAAUAAAUCCCUACUGAUAAUUCCUCCUCCUCAUUUUGCAAACUACCAGAGCUCCAAGGUCAGCCUGAAGAUCUCAGUGCCCCAGGCUCUGAGGUCUCCUGCUCAACAGGACCCAGACAGAUGCUAUUGGGUAAACCCAAAGCUUCCUCUAAGAAGCUUCUGAGAUGUAGUAGGUCACAGAAGUGUUCACCUGUUUCAUCUGAGGAUUUCAGUUGUGAAUUGAUCUAGGCAUGUUUGGUAAAAAUGUUUUUGUGAGAGUUUUUUUUUUUAAAGCAUUAUGCAAAAAGUCACUUUUAAGGGCAUUUAAAAUUUUUUAAAUAAAGCCAUUCUUUGGCUUUUUUGGACUAUUUGUGGAUACCUUGUUUACACUUUGAAUAUUAAAAUGUUCAUCAUCUUGUUGGCCACUCAGUCCUGCAGGCAUCUGUGCCCUGGCUGUCCUGUAUCCUCUUGCAGAGCAGUGCCAUAAUGGUCAGCCCUUGUGAAUAGGUGGGCAUACCCUGAAGCUGACUUCCAUCUGUGUCCUGCAUUCCCAGCCAGCACUCCCUAUGGAAAUAGUUGUCAUUUCCUCAGUGAUGAUAUGUCUUAUAGUGAUGGUUGUAAUGGUGAAUGGCUAGUGUCAUUUUGUUUAAUUUUGUUUUGCUUUUUGAUGGUGGAUAAGAUGAAAUUUUAGCUGUUUCAGUACCAAUCCAACUUAAAAGCAUCUUGGACUUUGUUUUCCCUUCCAACCUAAAAGAUCAAGGCAUGUAUUAGACACAAGCGUAUUUGCUGCCUCCACUCCUCUGACAUGCAUAUUAGGAAAAGGCCUGCCACCAAAGCAGGAAGCUGCACAUUCCUAACCCUUCUCCCAGGGUGUGGAGUCCCUUGAUGCCAUGAAGAGCUAUUGCAGGCUACUUCUGUACUUUUCCAGCCUGGAAAUGGAGGGUGACUAGCCCUGGCUCCUGCUAUGAGAAGAGAACCAGCCUCAUUUUCUCAGUGCCCCAGAGAUCUAGGACAGGAUUUCUAAACUGGAAUCAUCCUUAAUCAGCUUGAAGAAUCCCCCAAGAGGCAUUUGACGGGUACUGCCAUCUGUGUCCUCAAAGCAAUACUGGUGGCAGUGUCCUGUGUACACAUGCAGAGCUGAUACCCAAACUAAAAACUGGGUAACUGGCCCUGAAGUGCUUCCCAAUCAGUAAGCCCACAGGGAAAUGUUUCAUUUUUAUGUUUUGUGGAUUUUGGUUUGCUUGGCAUAUCUAAAGGUGCCUUUUCUUCUUCUUUUUUCCUGCUUUGUUUUGUAGGACUUGUUCUAAACAUGGAAAACAAGUCCAGAAGACUCUCCCUCUGACUGUUACCUUUGCCCCAAACCACCCCAAACUUUUAUGCUCGCAUUUUAUUAAAGCAGGUGCUCCCUGGAAUCUCUGGGACCUUUUUGAGGCAUUUGAAGCAGAAAAUAGAGUGGUCUCAUCUCCUUCCUUAAUCUUCCUGGUGGUUGAGAUGUUCCACUUGUACCAUAGAUUUUUUUAUUACUGAUGUGCUCCGCUGUUUUUAAAUGUGAACUUGUGUGCAAAUGUGCAGAUUAAAUGUUCUUGUUACAGAUUGAAUAAAUUUUUAUUUUGAAGAUGAAA